CCAUUUAAUUGAUUAUACCACUUAACACUUCAUAAUAAGGGGUAUAUAACAACAGGGCAAAACAAAGAAAACAUAAGACCACGCAGCAACAACACCGAAUUACGUAUGCCAAUAUGUCAAGACUUUCUAUUCUGUGCAUUGUGUUCGUACUCUGUUUCCAAGGAUCUUCGUCACAGACACCUAACUGGUCGAGAAUUUUAGAGCAUACUGGGGAUCUUUCUGGGAAUGUUGGUGGCCUGCGUACAUGGCCUAGUGGAUCAAACCUUGGAGGUUACCUGCACGGUGAUUUAACAAAUCCUAAUAUUAUAGACGGAGGCGGAAUUCGAGGCAGAUACCAAACAGAUCGGUUUCAUUUCGGUGGAGACGCCAAUGUGAGACAACCUUAUGGUCGUCGACCUUCAUAUGGAGUAGAAGCGUAUGGCGGUGCUGAUUUCGGAAGAGACAGAAGCUGGAACAUAGGAGGAAGAGGAUUUGCACGUGGGCAGUUUGGAAGCAGACCGAAUGAUUAUGGAUUUGGUGUCACUCUCACUAAGAAGUUUGGCAGACGACGUAGAUCCAUUUCAUGCCUCGUACAGUGCAGUACAUUAUGUGGACGAUCUGCAAGAUGUAAGAGAAGAUGUUUAGGGCGUACCUGUGCAAAUUAAAAAGAUUUUAGAACAUAUUAAAUUUACUAUUUUUUCUACAUACAAUAUAAAUAAUGGAAUACGUUUUCAAAAUAGUACAAGAUUUAUACAAAAUUAAAAUCAUAUACAAGUAUGAAA